UCAGUAUACGGACCGGAAGUCUGGCGGUACUCCCUGCAUUUGUUGGCAACGUCUUCCGCCCAUUCGAAUAUUCCAUCAUCUGCCGUACGCUAAUUUCGUCGCCAAGAAGAUGAGUCUGAAUUCAUCGUCCAGGUCCGCCACAUCGAAUUCAAAUUCGAAGCGGAGCGUGACCUCAAACUCUAAUUCCAACCCUUCCACUUCGGGCAAUAACAGCUGUCGAAAUAAUGACAAGAGAAACAGGAAGCGGAAAACUGACCAAAAUCAGAAAACCCUAGGCAUGGCUUGGGGAGCAAAUUCUCGAUCUUCUUCCCGAUCCGCCUUUCGCAAUUCACCCUUCCCCGAUUUCGGCAGUUACAUGGUUAUGAAGAAUCAGAAGCUACAUCAACAGUUUGAUGCUGAUGCUUCAUCUUCUUCAGUUAGUGGUGCUUGUUCUGGAAAACCCAUAUUUGAUGGAGUAUCUAUUUUUGUUGAUGGAUAUACAGUGCCUUCUAGCCAGGUGAUGCCAAAUUCUGAGGAACUAAAAGGUUACAUGUUGAAGUAUGGAGGACGCUUUGAGAAUUACUUUUCGCGCCAUCAUGUUACUCAUAUUAUCUGCAGUAAUCUUCCUGACAGUAAAAUUAAGAAUUUAAGGUCCUUCAGUGGCGGACUUCCAGUUGUUAAACCUACAUGGGUGCUGGAAUCUGUUGCUGCCAAUAAAUUGUUAAGCUGGAUACCUUACCAGCUUGAUCAGCUUGCAAGUGAAACCAAGAAACAACCAAAAUUAUCAGCAUUUGGUUUCAAAUCUGGCCCAGUCCUUGAUGAUUUGGAAGAAUCUAUAAGCGGCCAAGCGGUGCCUCAAUCUGGUAUUGCAACAUUGAGGACUAGCUGCAGUUUGGAAGCUAAUAUAUUUGGCAAGGCUGAAUGUACUGAAGAGGUAGAGGAGUGUCAUUCAGUUUCUGAUGACCCCUUUCAUCCGAAUGCUGCCGAAUCAGCAGAUCAAGCACCAACUUAUUGCAUGGAAAAUCACUGUGAGGUGGAAUUGGAUGCUGCUGUGGUGGUUCAAUCCGAUGCUGGAUAUCAUUCGCACAUAAGUCCUUGUCAAGAUCCUAAGUCAGACCAUAACGACUGCUUGGAAGAUCACAUAAUUGAGGAGUCAUCGAGUUCCAAAACCAUUAGGCCCAGUACAACAGGGCAUUCAACUCUUUCAGAUGCAAAUUUUGUGGAAAACUAUUUUAAGUUUUCUAGGCUGCAUUUUAUUGGCACUUGGAGAAACCGUUAUCGUAAACGUUUUCUGAGCUCAGCUAAUGGUUUUAAGGAUAUGAAUCCCAGUCGUAAUGCUUUUGCAACAUCCCAGAAAACUACCAUUAUCCAUGUGGACAUGGAUUGCUUCUUUGUGUCAGUGGUUAUUAGGAAGCACUCUGAUUUGAAAGAUAAGCCCGUUGCUGUUUGCCAUUCAGAUAAUUCUCGAGGAACUGCUGAGAUUUCUUCUGCAAAUUAUCCUGCUCGAAAUCAUGGUUUGUCUUAA